AUGGAUAUAAUCUGGGAAAUACUGAUCAUCCUUCAAGCCAAUUUCGUCGUUUGUACAACAGCUCAGCCAGGUCCCCCCAAAAUUCAUGAGGGAUGGUGGGCGUACAAAGAGGUCGUACAAGGGAGCUUCGUACCAGUUCCAUCUUUCUGGGGUCUUGUGAAUUCAGCAUGGAACCUGUGUUCGGUGGGAAAGAGACAGUCUCCAGUCAACAUUGAGACCAGCCAUAUGAUAUUUGACCCCUUCCUAACACCGCUGAGACUGAACACUGGGGGCAGGAAGGUUGGAGGGACCAUGUACAACACCGGCCGCCACAUCUCGCUACGUCUGGACAAGGAGCACUUGGUGAACAUUUCAGGUGGACCAAUGACAUACAGCCACCGACUGGAGGAAAUCAGGUUACACUUUGGCAGCGAAGACGGGCAGGGCUCUGAGCAUCUACUCAAUGGCCAAGCCUUCUCCGGGGAGGUCCAACUGAUCCACUACAACCAUGAGCUCUAUACGAAUUAUACAGAAGCUGCAAAGAGUCCAAAUGGCUUGGUGAUCGUGUCUAUAUUCAUGAAGAUAUCUGAGACUUCAAAUUCCUUUCUGAAUCGGAUGUUGAACAGAGAUACCAUCACUAGAAUAACAUAUAAGAAUGAUGCUUAUUUACUAUCUGGGCUAAACAUCGAGGAGGUGUAUCCCGAGACAUCGAGUUUCAUCACCUACGAAGGAUCGAUGACUAUCCCGCCGUGUUUUGAGACUGCAACAUGGAUUCUCAUGAAUAAGCCAAUAUACGUUACAAAAAUGCAGAUGCACUCCAUGCGGCUGCUCAGCCAGAACCAGCCUUCGCAGAUCUUCCUCAGCAUGAGUGAUAACGUGCGUCCGGUCCAGCCUCUGAACAACCGCUGUAUCCGCACCAACAUCAACUUCAGCAUGCAGGGCAAGGACUGUCCCAACAACAGGGCCCAGAAGCUGCAGUACCGAGUGAAUGAAUGGCUGCUGAAAUAG